AUGACGCCACCUCCCGCGCCGGCUCCCCCUCGCGGCUGCCGCUUUCCAUUGGCCAUUUGGGGGACGGAGGCGGGCUUCGGCCAAUGGGCGGUGCCGCUCCCGAAGGCGGGACCGCGUUACCCGGGCGCGGCGCCUGCCGGAAGUCGGUGUCCGCGGCCACGCGCAGGUAGGCGAGCACGGCGAAGUCUCGAGGUCGCCGGGUGGUCGUUGCGCAGGGGCGCGGGCGCGUCUGGAGGGCCUGCCGGGGGGCGGCGGGAGGGACACACGGAGGGCGUCAGCGUCUUUCGCCUCCGGGCGGCCCUGCGGCACGCGUGGGCCGAGCCGCCGGCCGCCUCAGACUUUCUGUCACGGCGCUUCGCGUGGCUCCGGCCGCUCCAGUCCCCCGGGCGACGGCCACGGACGGGCCUGGUGCACUCGCGUGGAUCAGGGGAGGGAGGGGAGGCGUCAGAAGGCGGUGAUGGGCGCCGCCAGGGAGAAGCAUCCUGCGUUAGUCGUCGCCGUAGCGCCCGCCGAGGGGCACGCGUGCGGGGACCUGCCCGAGCGCCCGGCGGCGGCCGAGCUGUCAGCCUCCUGGUGCCGGCCCUGCGCGUUAGGACACUCACCCAGAGAAAGGACAUCCCCGGGUUGUUUCUUCGGUCACUCAGGAUGGCAAAACAGAAGAGGAGAGCCUCUGCAGUGCCGGAGCAAGGGAGGAGGAAAAAGCUGAGGAAGGCGGCGGCCGCAGAGGCAGUGGUGGCGCGUGAAGGCGCCCAGGGCUCCGAGCAGGCCCCCGAGGGAAGAGGUGUGUGCUCGGACCCGGAGCCGGCCCCGGAGGAGAAGAGGGUCCUGGAGCGGAAGCUGAAGAAGGAGCGGAGGAGGCAGGAGCGGAGGCGGCUGCGGGAGGCGGGCGCAGCCCCAGCCCAGCCCCCGAGGGCCCGGCCCACGGGCGCCCAGCUGGCCCUGGACUAUCUCCGCAGCUGGGCCCGCAAGCAGGAGGACUGGAGGUUCCAGAAGACACGGCAGACCUGGCUGCUGCUGCACAUGUACGACAGCCACGAGGUCCCAGAGGAGGACUUCCCCUCCAUGCUGGCCUACCUGGAGGGGCUGCAGGGCCAGGCCCGCAAGGUGACCGUGCAGAAGGCCGAAUCCCUGAUGUGGGAGCUGGACCAUGUAGGUGCCGACUACCCGGGCUCGCCCCUGCUGGAGAAGAUUCGGCGUGUCCGGCAGGUGCUGCAGCUGCUCUCCUAGGGGCUGUGGCCGAGAGGGCCCCUGCCAGCCUGGGGGGCCCCACUGCAGACCACCUCCUGCUGGUGGGGACGGCAGGGUCACCAGCAGGCCUGAGGCUUCCGGGUGUGGGGCCCCUUCCUCUUGGCCCCGGACCCCUGGAAGGACCUCCUGCUGCGGCCCCUCUUGCCAGAGCUGCCGACAGGCGGCCACAGGCUCUGACCCCUCACGGCGCAUGCGCCCCAAGCAGCGGCCUGGGGCCCCGGGAAGGAGCUUGCGGGGGAACGCCUGGUUCCUCCCCGAGGUCUCAGCAGCUGGCGCCUGCUCCCCACCAGCCGUGGGCCGUCCACGCGGGGCCGCGUUGGGCCCAGAGCGCAGAACUGUGGCCGGGGGACGUUGUGAAGGGCAGCGCUGCCCUGGCCGGCGGCUCCGUCGGUCGGAGCGUUGCCCUGACACACCAGGUCUCGGGUUCGACACAGACGAGAACCAGACGCUGAGUGAGCGUCCCCCCUUCUCUCCCUAAAAUCAAUAAAGGCAACUUCUUAGA